AUGGCGGACUCUGAGCAACCUACUCUUGCAAGCCUCUCGGCCAAGAUUUCGGAGCUCUCGGGUGCUCUGUCAAAAUUCUACGAGCAGCAGAAUCUGCCGCCGGUAUCUUUCGCUGCUGACAGUCCAUCUAGGUACAAUGAACUGUCUCCGGAAAUGUUCAUGGUUCGGCAAAACCUUCUGGACGCGCUGAAUGACAUGACCUAUUUGGCACAGGGACCUGCUGACAGCAUUUUCAAUUACGCCCACUCUGCGGUUCCUGAUGCUGCAGCAUUGAAUACGCUCAACGCCUUUGACUUCUGGUCCGCUGUGCCAAUAGAUGGCUCCGCAACGUACGAGGAGAUUGCAGCUCACGUCUCUCUUCCACGAGGUGUCGUUUAUCGCCUAGUCCAGCAUGGCAUGACCCAGCGCAUCUUUGCGCCGGCAGGACCGGGCCGUGUGAAACAUACCUCACGCUCAGCAGCACUGGCGCAAUCCUCAGGUCUCAAGGCUCUCGUGUCCUCGAUAUUGGACGACGCCGGCGCUCCUGUCAUGGUCCUUCAUGAAGCUCUGCGUCGCUAUAAUCUCGGCAAAUCCGAGCUCACCCAACGAGUCGACGAAACCGCCUUUGCGCUAUUCCAUGCGGGUGGCCAGUUUGGUGGCUUUCGUAACACGUGGGACAUGCUCGAGAAUGAUGGUGAGGGCUCCAAGAAGGGCUGGCGGCAACGCAACUUUGUGGAGUGGAUGGCAUAUCUCAAGGAUUUGUUUCACCUCGAGGGCGUGGUACUGAAUUAUUCUGGUUGGCCGACAGAGGGUAAAGUGACAGUCGCAGACAUUGGAGGUUCAGCGGGCCAUGACGCCAUUGUGCUCGCUCGCAAAUACCCAAAUAUGGAAAUCUUUGUUCAGGACCUUGCAGAAGUGCAGCCUGCCUUUGAUCGCACUGUGCCUUCUGAUCUAAAGGAUCGUGUUCGCUUCACCGAGCACUCAUUCUUCAGCCCGCAGCCCGUCCCGGCGGACAUUUUCCUUCUCAAGAUGAUCCUACAUGACUGGCCAGACGCCGAGUGCAUUCAGAUCUUGCAAAACUUGGUCCCCGUCAUGAAGCCCGGCGCCAAAGUGCUGCUCAUCGAAUACCUCGGCGGUGCUGGCGAGGAGGAACACGAGGAGGAUUCAUCGACACCACGGUCUCUAAAGCAGUACGGCACGGCUACCGAUUUGAGACUCAUGGCCAUCUUCAACGGCAAGGAGAGGCCUAUACAUGCUUGGAAAUCUAUUUUUGAGGCUGCAGAUAAGCGCUUCAAGGUUUCAGACACCAGCGCAGCGCCACUCGGGUUCUUUGGGGUGAUUGAAGCCGUGUGGCAAGAAUAG